UGAAAUAGCUUCCAUUAGCGCUUUUUCCUAGCUGUUGAUUGCAGAAUAUUCCGCCCUCCCACCGAACGCCGAAGCGCUGGCCACCCUUCUUCCAUACAUCUGGUUCAAUACACCUUAGACGGUGGUGCUUUUAGCUGUUUCGCGUCGCGCCUUCCCUCAUACCCUUCUCAUACACUCUCUUUAGCCUUCUUUGGUGGCUCCGGCUACAUGGUCUCAGUCUUUCUCUCGCGUUAAUGUUUAUAAGCGUGGGGCAGCUUUCAUGGAGUCUCAGUCUUUCAUCAGUUUUAUAUACACUCUGUGACGUAUCUUUCAGAGGGCGGCUUUCAGGGGGUCUUUGGGUAAAAAGAAAAGUGGGGAUGACCUCGCGAAUGGUCACUCACCCCACAAGCGAAAAUCUAUGCAGACAAAAACAUACAACAGCGGGGAUUCUCGCGCCCUCACGGAUCGCAAUACUAAUCCGCCGGUACACUGCUUAUAUAUGGCUGAGCGGACGGGAAGCCUAGUUUUCAGUGUCCUAUGGUCGUAUGUGGGAAUCAUAGGCCAUAAUUGGUAGAGGAUUUUACAGCGUCUUAUGCGCCGCCACAGAUUGUCAGCAACGCCCUUUAACGCCAAAUUCACGAUGGGUUCCAGGUGUGCAACAGUUGCCGCGCUGAGGC